GACGUGUUCUGUUGCACGCUGCAUAACAAAUAUGUGUUACCAGACUUCAGCUCGUUCGUCAUGCGCUGCAAGGAUAGGGUUGCCUCGGCGACGACCGAACACAGUAAUAGCAAAAGCGCUCAACCUCGCGAAUCCUCCAUGUUUUAUGGCUAAACAAUCAACCCAGGAAACAUUACUUGGCGGCAGAGCUCAUGUUGCGUGCAGCCAUGUGCCAGGGAACUCGAGACUGUCAACAGCGCUUGCCACACGGCGCCUCUCCUUCACCUCUGGCGCGCUCAGCACCCCCGCCCUGUUAGCAGGCGUGCUGGCAGUAGGCGGAGUGGCGCUAGCAGCAGCCAGCAUGGGAGGUACGAACGGCCCCAGCAGCAACCCCAACAGAAGCAGCGGUAGCAGCGACCCACGGGUCCUGACUCGCAGCGGCAUGGACAAGUUCCGAGCGGGUGACGUGGAGGGAUCGCUGGUAGACUUUGACGCCGUCAUCCAGGUGGCCCCUCACAUGCGGCCUUACAUGUGGCAGCGCGGUCUGAGCCUCUACUACGCGGGUCGCUUCCAGGAGGCGGCGCAGCAGUUCCGAGAGGACGUGGCGGUCAACCCGAACGAUACGGAGGAAUCCAUUUGGGCUUUCCUUGCCGAGGCACAGCUGUGGGGCCCGGAGCGGGCGCGUGGGCAGAUGCUGCAGGUGGGUCGAGAUCCACGGCCGGUGAUGCGAGCUGCGUACGACUGCUUCCAGAGCGGAGAGCAACCCGACAAGAUAAUGGCCCAAGCAACUGACAACGGCGGCCACGCCACCUUUUACGGCCUCUUGUACGUGGGUCUAUGGCACGAGUCGCACGGGAACGCGGAGGAGGCGAAAAGGGCCAUAACCGCUGCCGUACAAACCCCGUACGCUCGGCUCUCCGGGGACUACAUGGCCGGCCUGGCCAGGGUACAUUGCGGGCGCCGGGGUUGGGCGGCGGAGUGAAGGGCUGCGGCUGGUGUUGAAACAUGGGGGGUCAGAGAUAGCCCAAAACCACAGGAGGGGGCUGCAGGAUGGGGUUGCCAGUAAGGGCCAAUUAAGGCCAAACGGAGAGGUGUUUUGCUCUUCGGCUGGACAGGGGUUGCCUGGCUCAAGGAAUGAAGGCUAUCGUCCUCAGUAGGACAUUGAGACGCGCGAGCAGUGGGGCGAACGGUUAAGCGCUGGUUGUACGAUAUGUUUAAGUAUAGACGUGUUGUGCUACGGCUGCUUACUGUCCCAGUAGGUGAUGAAGACAAUGACGCAACGGUUACGGUACGGCACUUGUUCCAGCCCGUAUGCAGCUGCGGUCACAACUAACCCUCUGCUGCUGCGUGACAACGGGCCUAGAAACUACCUGGAGGCAUGGGUUGACUGCCCUACUUGCACGUCUUUGUUCAUUUCCAAACACCUCGAGUAAGGUCUAGCGUGAAAAGCAAGACUUGGUCAACGGUCUGGACCUGUCAGCGGAGUCUUAUUACCUGACAAACUACUGCCUUGGGGUUUCCGCCGUCGAUCACAAGAGCACGUGGGGUGCUUCGCGCACGUAUUGCAGGGUUUACCGGGAGUGCACUGACGGACGUGGGGUGGGGCCUAUGCC